CCGGCCCGCCCGCCGGGCUGCGCCGUCCCGGGGACCCGCGGGCACCGGGAGCCUGAGAAGAAAUUAAAAGUUAUUUCAGGAAUACGGAACACUUUAUAUUCAGGAAUACAAGAAAAACAACAAGGUGGAGUCAAGUACAUGCAGCAGCUUCAUGGGCUUGAAGGAUCAUCUGGGGCAUGACUUAGGCCACCUUUAUGUGGGGAGCACUGGCACACAAAUAAAUGCAAUUGUACCUUGGUCAGUGGUGGAGAAGCCAACAAUGGAUAAGGUUAAUUCUAGGAAAGAAGAUGUAGAAAAGGAGGCAUCUGAAGAGACUUCCGGAAGCUCCAGCUGUGACUCUGAAGAAAGCACAAAUUCUGAUAAUGAUUCAGAGAGACUGAAUAAUUCUGCAUCGGAGUCACAUUUAUUGCCUAAGACUCACCGAGAGCUGUGCCGAUCUCCUUGCUUAGAGCCUCAUAUACUAAAAAGAAAUGAAAUCUUGCAAGACCUUAGAAUAGAAGAGGCUCAGAUAGUACCUAAGGAAGUCAAAAAGCCCCCUGAUGUGGUGAAAGAAUAUCAAACCAAACUGGAGUUUGCACUUAAGUUGGGUUACUCUGAAGAGCAGGUUCAACUUGUACUCAAUAAACUUGGUACUGAUGCUUUAAUAAAUGAUAUUUUGGGAGAACUUGUCAAACUUGGGAAUAAAACUGAGACUGAUCAGACUGUAACUAAUGCUAACACUAGUGUAAUGCGUGAAGCGUCUUCCCUAGAGUCUCAGAGGUCAGAGUCUCCACUGCAGGAGGAUGUGACAGAGGAUGGUGACAACCUGAGGCCAAUAGUUAUUGAUGGCAGCAAUGUUGCAAUGAGCCACGGGAACAAAGAAGUAUUUUCUUGUCGAGGAAUCAAAUUGGCAGUAGACUGGUUUUUGGAAAGAGGCCACAAGGAUGUUACUGUGUUUGUGCCAGCAUGGAGGAAAGAACAGUCAAGACCUGAUGCUCUUAUAACAGAUCAAGAAAUCUUGCGUAAAUUAGAAAAGGAGAAGAUUCUUGUGUUCACACCAUCCCGGCGAGUGCAAGGGAGAAGGGUGGUGUGCUACGAUGACCGAUUUAUAGUGAAGUUGGCCUUUGAAUCAGAUGGCAUCAUUGUUUCUAAUGAUAAUUACAGGGAUCUAGCUAAUGAAAAGCCAGAAUGGAAGAAGUUCAUAGAUGAGCGCUUGUUGAUGUAUUCAUUUGUUAAUGACAAAUUUAUGCCUCCUGAUGAUCCUCUUGGCCGCCAUGGUCCAAGUCUGGACAAUUUUCUUAGGAAGAAGCCUAUUGUACCAGAACAUAAGAAGCAACCAUGUCCCUAUGGGAAGAAAUGUACCUAUGGACACAAAUGCAAAUACUAUCAUCCAGAAAGAGGAAAUCAGCCUCAGCGAUCUGUAGCUGAUGAACUUCGUGCCAUGUCUAGAAGCACAGCUGCCAAAACUACAAGUGAAGGAGGACUGGUAAAAAGCAAUAGUGUUCCCUGUAGCACUAAAAAUGAUAGCACUUCUGAGCUGAAGCGUGCUGCUCCAAAGAGGCAAUCGGAUCCUAGUAUAAGGACUCAAGUCUAUCAAGACUUGGAGGAAAAGCUUCCCACCAAAAACAAAUUGGAAACCAGGUCUGUACCUUCUUUAGUUAGUAUACCAAGUUCCUCUGCUGGAAAAGCCCAAAGUACUGCACCUUUAACUAACGGCCUUCCAUCCGGAGUUCACUUCCCACCUCAGGAUCAAAGACCACAGGGCCAGUAUCCUACAGUGAUGAUGGCAACCAAAAAUCAUGGAACGCCAAUGCCUUAUGACCAGUAUCCAAAAUGUGAAUCUCCGGUGGAUGUAGGGUAUUACUCUAUGCUGAGUGCAUAUUCAAAUCUGAGUAUAUCUGGUCCACGUAGUCCUGAAAGGCGCUUCUCCUUGGACACAGAUUAUAGGAUUAGCUCUGUAGCUUCUGACUGCAGCAGUGAAGGGAGCAUUAGCUGUGGCAGUAGUGAUUCCUACGUGGGUUACAGCGAUCGCUCUUACAUGAGUUCGCCUGACCCACAGCUGGAGGAGAACUUGAAGUGCCAACAUAUGCACCCGCAUGGCCGCCUUAACACUCCGCCCUUCCUACAGAGCUACCACGAGCCUCUCGCACGAGUGCAAAGCUAUAGUCAUGAAGAACCAAAGCAUCACCACAAAUCUCCUAUUCCAUACAUGGCUGUGCAUCUGCAGCAUCCAAUAGUCGGUGCUCGGUCUAGUUGUCCGAACGACUACUCCACAUCUCAGAGUUCGCCACAUUCAAAAACCAUGCACCUGGGGAGAGCCCUUGUAUCCACGAGAAUAGAUAGCAUUUCAGACUCACGCUUGUAUGAUAAUUCUCCUUUAAGACACAGAAAGCCUUAUUCUGGCCAAGAUGGGCUCGGAGGUUGGGAUAGGCAGAGUUAUGGGAUGGAUGCAUAUGGCUACCGCCAAACCUACUCCUUGCCAAGUAACCCCACACAGCCAUGUUAUGAGCAGUUUGCCUUCCAAAGCCUCCCUGAACAGCAGGACCAGACUUGGCGUGUACCUUACUGUGGAAUCCCUCAAGACCCUCCAAGGCACCAAGACACCCGCGAGAAGGUUUACAUUAACCUCUGCAACAUCUUCCCCCCUGAUCUUGUCAGGAUCGUCAUGAAGAAGAACCCUCACGUGACGGACGCUCAGCAGCUCGCUGCAGCCAUCUUAGUGGAAAAAUCUCAGCUAGGCUAUUGAGAGAUGAUGCAUCUUUGUGGUGUCUAGUAGUUUUCAGCUCAGCUCUAACGCUGAGGGAGGUUUGCUACAAUAGCAUUUGUGAUCUCCUUCUCAGCAAGGAGGUUAUAUAGUAAUCCGUUUAUGUGAAAUACUGUAUCAUGGAGUCUGUGUGUAUAGCCCCAUGCAUUGGAAGUACCAGAUAUGUUUUGUGUUCUAGUUUGAAAAUUUUUAAAUGGCUAUUUUCACAGCUGGAGGAUGUUCCAGUUUAAAUUAAUAUAUAUAUAUAUAUAUAUAUAUAAAUAAUCUGUGGUCUCUGGUUAUAAUCUUUGGUGCAUCAGGGGUUUAUAUGCAGCACUUUCUAUCCUUGUUACAUGUUGUUGGGAUUUUUUGGUUUAGUUUUUUAACUUGCUGGAUGCUUGUCCUUGGGCUGUGAGGUAUUAAAACAACCUACAGAAAGAGGAUUUUGCUACUUCUGGCAAGCAGUUUUCAAGCCAAGUUUGUGAACUUUUUACAACACCAGAAGUAUGUCUGAUGUAUGUUUGUUUGGGUUUGUGAGCUUUUUUUGUGCUGUAAUCAUCUGUUUAUAGAAAACAAAGAUUUACUACAGCACUGACUUCAUUUUUUUAAACAAAUAAUUAAGUUACCAGUUAACAGUGAAAUGGAUAACAAUAUAUUGGUAAUUUAUAGUAUGGCACUUUUCAUUAUUUUCUUUGUUUAUUUUAAAUAGUUACAUAUUUUGUUGAUGCAGUCAAUUAGUAAGAUCAGAUGCAAACAGAGGAGGAAAAAAAUUUUUUUUUUACUAAUUUAUGGAUAUGGUAAAAGCCUUAAUGCCUGAUUUUCAAAGGUACUGAGAUUUUGCAUCCCCCUUUGAAGGCAAGAGAAGCUGCAAAUGCUCAGAACCGCAUCAAAUCAGGCCACCCUGUAUCAGUUCCCUUGUGUUGUUACCCAGCUCUGUGUAUUU